ACAAGAAGUUUAUUAAUAGCAGGGAAUUAUGGGAAUGUAGUAAAGUUAACACGAAUUGAAUUGUUAACAAAAUCAGUAUUCAUGACAAAUUGAUUGGAUUAGUGUAAUACAUGAAGAAUGACGGUGUAUAACGUAUUUGGAGAAGACAUUAUAACAAGGAUAAGAUUAGUAGGCUAAGCAGCUGGUACGAUGGCUGAAGUAGACGGUCGUUCAACUUUAACUGACAUUGACAUUGUUUGUACCCCUUGUUUUGAGGAUGAUAUUCGAGAACAAGCUGUGAAAUAUUGUCCUGAAUGCCAGGAGUUUUUGUGUACAGGAUGCACUCGACACCAUGGAAGACAGAGGAUGAGUCGUUCUCAUAAGCUUGUAGACAAGAACGAAGCAAAACAAGGGCCGCAUUUUGCCGUGCAAGCAAAAUGUUUAUAUCACCCAGAUCGUGAGAUAGAGAUGUAUUGUGAGGAACAUGACAUGGUUUAUUGUUUAAAGUGUAUUGCUACACACCAUAGGUCCUGUAAGGGAGUGACAGGUUUAGACGACUUAUCAGUUUCUGCUGAUCAGAAAAGAGAAACAGAACGUUUAAAGGCUGACAUUAUGAACAUCCGAGAACGUUUAGAAAAUACUGACAAGAAAACGAAAACAAAUCUGAAAAGCAUUGAGGAACAAAGAAAUGACGUCAUUUUGCAAAUAGAAGGACUUGCGCGAGGUUUGGUAGAACAUAUCCAGAAGUUGGAGCGUGAAGCUUUGGAAGGCCUCGAUGCGGAAUAUUUUUUGGUCAAAGGAGAACUAGAGAAAAAUGUGUCUAAGUUAAGUAAAGCUAUAGAAGAGAUUGAACAGGUGAGAAGUCAGCUACAAGACGUGGACAGUCUGGAUAAAAUACAACAGUUUGUUAAGACAAAACUGACACAACAAAAUGUAAAUGAUGCAGUGAAAGUAUUUGAAAAAAAUGAAGCUAAAGGCAGUCAAUCAUUGUAUUUGAAAGAAAAUACAGAAUUAAAGUCCUCAGUCAGUUCAUCAACAUAUUUAGGGUCUGUACAAAAGAUAACAGAAAGCAAAAGACUGCCGAAAUCAAGGACGUAUAAAGUACGUUCACAAAAGGAGGAAAAUAUCCGCAUGAAAAACGACAAGGCCAACCCCUUCAUUUGUGAUAUAUGUCAGCUUCCAGACGGUACAAUCAUAUUGGCUGAUAACAAUAAUAAGAGGAUAAAGAGGCUUGAUGUGAAUUAUAACAUCAAAGAUUGUUUGGAUCUAGAAACAAGGCCUAGAGGUAUCUCUUGUACUGGUAAUACUGAGAUAGCUGUGAAAUUGUACAACAGCAAAGUUAGCUUUAUAUCAGUAAGGAGCUCAUUAUCUAAAGUGAGAGAUAUAUCUGUUGCAGAUGAAGGUUACUGGGGAAUGACAUAUUGUGCUGGAGAGUUAUGGAUAUCUGCUAAGACUGUAAAUAUAUACAGUAUGGCUGGUACAAUUUUAAAUUCUAUCGGUAGUGAUGUCAAUGGACAACACAUAUUUACAUCUAUAGAUCAAAUGACCGUCAGCGGAGAAAAUGUUUUAGUAACAGAUAACAGUGAUGGAGCUGUCUGUCUGAACAGAGAUGGUACUAUAAAAAGUGAACUGAGAGAUAAAAGGCUUGCUGACACACGUGGCGUAUGUGUAUCCAAUGAUGGGACUGUGUUUAUUUCUGGGUACAGCUCACACAACAUCAUGAUGUUUAAUAGCGAAGGAAAAUGCCUUGGAGAAUUAGUUACUAAAGAUUCCGGGCUCAUUAAUCCAUUAUCAUUAUUGUUCGAUGACAAGAGAAACUGUUUAGUUGUUGCAUGCUAUCCUGACAAAAUCAUUGUUUAUAAUAUUUGACAUUGUAAAUUAUAGUAUGUGUCUUGUUGUUAUGUUACACAUACAUUUUAAAUGCAACAUUCGGAGAGUAUGAGUUACAGUAUUAUGAUCAAACAUAUAAUAUUCAACGGUCAACCUUUAUAUACAUAUACUUUUCCUGUUAAUGUAUGAUGAUAACUCGAUACUAAAUGUGUUAAAUUACUGAUAUUCAAUCAAUAAAAUUG